AUGGAACAGGCUAUUGCAGGUGAGUACUGUCAGCACAAGAACCCGUGUACUGAGGGAUAUUGUUUGAAUGGAGGAAAGUGCCAGAGUAGCUGUGUGUGUCCUCUGAGAUACUCUGGGGUGCGAUGCGAGUUAAAUGAAAUUAACUUUGACAAUCCUUGUACCAAUGUGGGGACGUCCUUGCUCCUCCCCAACAACCAGUACAAAUGCCAGUGUGCUCAUGGAUGGACAGGUCAGCAUUGUGAGCAAGAGGACACAUGUCUGUCCAGCCCAUGUGCCAACGGUGGUAUCUGCUAUACUCUGCCCAAUCGUGAAUUCUCUUGUACCUGUCCUCCUGGUUACCAUGGCCCCCGUUGUCUCAAUGACACAGAUGAGUGUGUUUCCUUCACAUCUCUGUGCAAGAACGAAGGCGUGUGUCUGAAUACCCCAGGCUCAUAUCGAUGUAAGUGCCAACCCGGCUUUACCGGCCUCCACUGCGAGAUGGAUUACGUGCCCUGCUUUCCAUCCCCCUGCCUCAAUGGUGGAACCUGCCGGCUGAUGACAGACACAACUUAUGUAUGCCACUGCCUGCCAGGUUUUAAUGGACAAAACUGUGAGGUGAACAUUGAUGAUUGUCCGAAUCACCGCUGUCAGAAUGGAGCCACAUGCAUGGAUGAAGUGAACACUUACAACUGCCAGUGCCCACCUGAAUGGACUGGUCAGUUUUGCACUGAUGACGUGGAUGAAUGCAGUCUGCAGCCAAACCCCUGUCAGAAUGGAGGCAUGUGUAGAAAGACACUCAAUGGCUACAACUGCGUGUGUGUGCACAGCUGGAGCAGCCCUGACUGCUCUGAAAACAUUGAUGACUGUGCAGAUGAGCCCUGCACCGCCGGCUCCACUUGCAUCGACCGCGUGGCUUCCUUCAAUUGCAGCUGCCCUCCUGGCAAGACUGGUUUGCUGUGUCAGAUUGAUGAUGCCUGCACCAGUAACCCAUGUAAGAUGGGAGCUCAAUGUGACACGAACCCCAUCAAUGGCAAGUUCAACUGUAACUGCCCCUCAGGGUACAAGGGCAGCACGUGUGCAGAGGAUAUUGACGAGUGUGUGAUCGGACCAAACCCAUGUGAACACGGUGGUUCGUGUAAGAACACAGUGGGCUCAUUCACCUGUAACUGUGCUCCAGGUUACACUGGUCCACGCUGUGACCAGGACAUUAAUGAAUGUGGCUCUAACCCCUGUCAAAAUCACGCCACCUGCUUGGACCUUAAAGGAGAUUACACUUGCUUCUGUAUUGCAGGUACUUAGAUACGCGCUCACACACACUGUAAUCAGGUACAAGAUAUAGAAGCAGAUUGGUCUCAGUAAUAAUUCAUGAAUUUAUGUGUGUGUGACAACCAUUACUCAUUUGUUUGACUUUAGCAUUUAGUAUGCAAAAAAAGUCUACCUUUAAAUUCUAACAUGUCCCUGAAAUGUACAUUUAAAUGAUUUGUGUACUGUAAGUGUGUAACACACCCAGACAAUCCACAUUAAAUUGGAGUAAA